UUUGGCUUGUUUUAAUAUUGUUUUGUAUCUGAUCUAUCUGAAAUACAAUAAGUUACAGUAAAAACAAUCGAACUAACACUGAAAAUGUAUUAUCCAUACCAUGGAAAUGAAUAUACAAAAGCAGAUCAUUGACUUCUUUUCGUUCUUUGAGGAAUUCUAUAACGUUUCUAAAACGUGUUUGAAAGAUUGCCAAAAGUGCGCAGUUACUAUAAAUAAGCUAAUUUAUCGGUGUAAAAACAUUAGAGAUGCCGAGGUGACCCAGACGCCAUUGGAAGAAUUCGAUGGUCUGCAGGGGAAAUUGUGCGCGGCUUUACAUAACCUUAUAUCUAAGGAAAUACAUGAACUUAAACGCAAUUUGUGCACCAUAGAGGAUUUAUUUGAUAAACUGUGCAACAAACACAAAGUCUUCCGUCAGAGUUGUGAAGAAUUAGAUUAUACAGAACAGAGUAAACUUAUCAAAGGAUCCCCUCUUCAGCCUCCGUUGCAGCAACUUCUUGAGUUUGCAGAUGACGCACUGACCUUCGGAAGUCAAGUUUGCGCUCAGAUAGAAACCUCCAUAAGUGUUCUGACAUUUAAAGGCUUGAAAUCAGAUUGUUUAGUUGAAAAUUUUAAAGUUUCUAGUGAGUGGAGCAGACGCAUACCAGAAAUCAUAUCGUAUACCUCAUUCUGCGCUGAAAACCAAAUUUAAACAUGGACUUACUGGGUUCAAUUUUAAACUCCAUGCAGAAGCCACCUUCGGCGAGCGAAGCACAGAAAAAUGCUGCCAAAAAGCAGAAAGAGGCUCUAGAGCGCAAGCAGAAAGAGGAGAGAAACAUGUUAAAUAGAUUUAGAAAGAGAGUUGAAGAUAAAAUAAGUGAUUUUGUUAAAGACGGGUCCAAACCACACUUAGCAUUUGAACCGAUGGAUCAAACAUACCGAGCAAUAAUUAGAGAUGUCGCUGAAAUUGCCAAUCUUCAAGUAUUUUCAUUUGGGCAAGAUGGAAUUGAUAGAUAUUCAGUAGUUUACACCAAAGAACGCCCACCAUCUGAAGACGAGUUGACGGCACGUAGAGCGGGUGGUAUUUGGGAUGAAGAUAAAGCAGCGGAAAUGGCUAGAGACCGUAUAGAUAGACAAAAACUGGCAGCUUUAGAGUCCGAGGAAGAAAAAAAUAGGAAGCGCAAGCGUGGCACAGAGGAACUUAGCGGUACAUUUUAUAAACAAAAGUAUGCUCAUUUAAUUGGUGAAAAUGCUGCGUUAGGAGCCGCUCAAAAGACAAAUAUGAAUAAAAGUUACGGAGAAGUUCCAAGUGAGAAUAAAAAGGAUCAGCGCUCCAUAGAACAGACUAUGGCAGAUAUUAAGGCUAAGAAAAUGAGGAAGGCAGAGGCCGAGGCUAAUGAAGAUCAAGCUUAGCCUAUCUAGCCUAGAAAUCAUU